GUAAUAGACAAAACUCAUUAUUAUCACAAUGUAUUUACUAACUAUUUCAUUUUCAUGGUUGUGACAUAAUUACUAAAAACAUGUUGCAACGUUUUUUUGUAGUGAUUGAAAUUCUAGCAGGCACAUCCAUUGGUGAUGCCGUUAAGAUUCUGUCUGAGUGCAACAUUCUAUCGGCUCCUGUGAGAAACCCUGAUGCUACAAAUAGUGUGGAUUGGAGAGAUAGGUACUUGGGAAUCAUAGAUUACUCGGCCAUCGUUCUGUGGGUGUUGGAGAGUGCAGAUCUUGUGGCGGCAGCCUUAUUGGCCAGCUCUGCAACGGCCGCUGGAGUAGGUGCAGGGGCUGCUGGUGCUAUGGGAGCAUUAGCACUGGGUGCAACAGGUCCUGUGGCGGUUGCAGGGCUAGCCAUUGCUGCUGUUGGCGCAGCUGUGGCAAGUGGUGUGGCUGCAGAUAGAGGGAUGGGAAAAGAUGCUCCCACUGCAGCAGAUAUGUUGGGAGAGGAUUUCUACAAAGUUAUCCUUCAAGAAGAACCUUUUAAGUCCACUAAAGUGAGGUCUAUUCUCAAAUCCUACCGUUGGGCGCCUUUCAUUCCAGUUGCAACAGAUAGUUCUAUGUUGAGCGUCUUGUUGCUGCUUUCAAAAUACAGGCUGAGGAAUGUACCUGUCAUUGAGACCGGCAACCCAUCCAUCAAGAACUUCAUAACUCAAUCUGCUGUUGUACAGGGACUUGAGGGGUGCAAAGGGAGGGAUUGGUUUGAUUGCAUGUCUUCACAUCCUAUAUCUGAGUUGGGACUUCCAUUCAUGUCCUGUGAAGAGGUCAUUAACAUCCAAAGCGAUGAACUAAUUCUGGAAGCAUUUAAACGAAUGAAAGACAAUGAAAUUGGUGGGCUUCCAGUUGUUGAGGGAUCAAAGAAAAAGAUUGUCGGCAACAUAAGCAUAAGAGAUAUCAGAUUCUUGCUGCUCAGGCCUGAGCUCUUCUCCAAUUUCAGGCAGCUCACUGUGAGGGAUUUCAUGAACACCAUUGCCUCCGCAACCCACGAUACCGAGAAGGUUGUCACGCCAAUAACAUGCAAACCUGAUACAACUCUUGGUAGUGUGAUACAUACUCUUGCUUCCAAGUCAGUUCACAGGAUUUAUGUGGUAGCCAGCGAGGACAGUGAAGUCAGUGGCGUGAUUACACUCAGAGAUGUGAUUUCUUGCUUCAUCUUUGAACCUCCCAACUUCUUUGAUAACUAUAUUGGAUUUGCAGCAAAAGAGAUGUUGAACCAUUAA